AUGGAUUCCCAAUGGCAGCAGAGCUACGCUGACUCGGGCGCCUCCUCGCGACGAUACAACAACGGCGCUGCUCAAAUUCCUCGCGACUACGCUGGUCAGGUCCCCCCCCAAGGUCAUAGUCACACCCACAGCCAGGGCCAUAUCCAGGGCCAGAACCAACCCCCAGCCGGCUUCAAGUACGAGCAGUAUCAGCAAAGUCCCGGCGCCGCCCCCCUCUGCUGCUUCGCCCAUGGCCUCGCCUCAGGCCGCACCACCAGUCUCACCUAUCUGGCAGCCGUCCUGCCAACCUGCACUCGCCCCAGGAACCUUCGGCCGCCGCGCAGGGGUACUCCCCCAUGGAGGCCUUAUCGCCCACGUCUCCCUACGCGGCCAAGUCCCCCCGUCCAAGGUCAAUUCGUCAGCCCCCCCGACCAGAGGCAAUCGCCCACGAGACAGCAAUCCGACUACAACCCUCAGAGUCCCUACUACGCCGGGCGCCAGCAGGCUCCUCAGCUGCCCCCCAUCACGCCCUAUACCUCGACCCACGAUGGAUACCCAUCCUCGGCUGUCGCCAACCUCGAUGGAGCUUUCGCCGCUGCUGAUCCCAAGUCACCCCGUCGUCCCGUCGCCGCGCUCAACAAGAGUGUCGUUCCCGAGUUCAAGCCGGUUCGUGCUCUGACCGACCUUCGACCAAAAGUCAGCGCUCAGCCGCCGUUUCGCCGAGCGAACCCCGAAGGGGGCUUUCAUCAGUGUAAGAAUCAAUAUGUCACAGAAAGCAUUUGCGGAAUUACAGCAUCCACGGCUAACGUUCGACCAUGCAGCCUCUGCAAAGCUCUCACAGUCCACCUUCCGGCCACCUACCGCAUCUGCAACCCCAACUUCAAAUACGAGUCGUCGCGCAAUCCCCGGCGUGUUCUGACCAAACCGAGCAAGGGUGUCAAAAAUGACGGUUUCGACAACGAAGACAGCGAUUACAUCCUUUAUGUGAAUGAUAUCCUCGGCUCGGAGGAGGCUGGUCACAACUCAACACCAAACUGGAUAAGAAUGAUGAUCACCACCUCCUGCGACUCAAAAGACACAUUCAUCCACCGCCAGCAUCUCUGCCUCGUGUUCGAGUUAUUGAGUGUCAACCUCUACGAACUCAUCAAGCAGAACCAGUUCAGGGGACUCAGCACGACCCUCGUUCGCGUCUUCGCCCAGCAGCUGCUCAAUGGCCUUGCGCUUCUCAACAAGGCCCGCUUGAUCCACUGCGACCUGAAGCCCGAAAACAUUCUUUUGAAGAACCUGGAGAGCCCUAUCAUCAAGAUUAUUGAUUUCGGCUCCGCGUGUGACGAGCGCCAGACUGUGUAUACAUACAUUCAGUCUCGAUUUUACCGUUCUCCCGAAGUCCUGCUGGGGUUACCGUAUUCGUCUGCCAUCGACAUGUGGUCUCUUGGCUGCAUCGUGGUCGAGCUGUUCCUGGGUCUCCCCCUCUUCCCUGGAUCGUCCGAGUACAAUCAAGUCUCACGAAUCGUCGACAUGCUCGGCAACCCGUCCAACUGGAUGGUCGAAAUGGGAAAACAGGCCGGCGAGUUCUUUGAGAAGCGGCAGGACGAGUUUGGGCGCCGCACAUAUCAGCUCAAGCCCAUGGAACAAUACGCACGGGAACACUCAACCAAGGAACAGCCCAGCAAGAAAUACUUCCAGGCGAACACUCUUCCGGACAUCAUCAAGACUUAUCCCAUGCCGCGGAAGAACAUGAAACAGAAUGAGAUCGACAGGGAAAUGAACAACCGCAUCGCUUUCAUCGACUUCGUCCGCGGGCUGCUCAAUAUCAACCCGCUAGAGAGAUGGUCUCCCCAGCAGGCUAAGCUGCACCCUUUUAUUACCCAACAGAAGUUCACUGGUCCCUUUGUACCCCCCAUGAACCUCAAGUCGAGCUCGCUUAACAGGUCCCCGGCUCCUGGUACGCAGCAACAGCAGCAAGCAGAGGCGCUGAGCAAACAGCGUGCCCAGGCAGCCCAGGCACAGGCCCACUCGGCGGCGCAGGGGGCUUAUGCAUCGAUGAACGCGCAAUACCAGCAGGCCGGACACGCCCCAGCAACGCAGUCCAUGUAUGGUAGUAACGUCAUGUACUCUCCUGGCGGCAAUCACGCCCCACAGCCGCCUGCCUAUGGCCCGCAGCCGGGUGGUUAUGGGCAACAGCAGGUGGUCUUGUCUCAGGCGCCGCAGCAGAUGCCUGCAGCUCCUUAUGGCCAGCAGCCCAACAUCAACCAAGGCGGUCUCUACCCGCAAAACAACAUGCGCCCCGGGCGCCAGCGGGCUUCGACAAUGGAUCAGCAGCAAAGCGGGAUCCCUGCUGCCAUCCAGCGCGUUGCUAGCCACCUUGACCCUAGUCAGCCCAUCAGGCUUCAACCGAGCCCAGCAUACUACCCGCCACCGGGCGAAGUAAGACGUACAAGAGCCGGCACGUGUAGGAACUCCAGGCCUGAGCCCGGUCAGAAGCUCACGAAAUCAAGGGCAUCGAUGUGGAGGAAGGGCCGGCGCAGAGAACAUGGCCCGGACAAAUUGGCGCCAGGGACAUACGUGCUUUUGACUGCGACAACGACGACGCGGCCCCGACCAGAUAGAAACCACGUGUGGCGCUGCUGGCAGCAGAAGCUGGAGAUCAAGAGGAUGGAUACCAUGAACGAUGACGAAACGGACGGACGGGCGGGAGGGCGGACGGGAGGCAGAAACAUUGCAGCAUCUUAUAACGUGGAUGGAGGGCAUUGGCGGCUUUCUUCUCUUCCUAGGAGGUACCGCCAGAGAGGGGAUUGUGGGAGGGUAGGACGGGGAAUGACUUUGAGCAAAGGGAGCCUCAACAGGCUUUGUACUUUGGAUCCUAUCCAGGCUGAUUAA